AUGAACCACCUGCAACAACUCAACAACGUCAAAGACAACAGUGACUUAUCGCAACAUCCUGCUCCGGUCAAGCUGAAAUAUGAACGCACCACGGCGGGGACAAUAAGCUCAAUCUGUGCUUUCUUUACAAUCGCUGGGACAAUGUUGUGGGGCUCUCUAUGGUGGCUCCUGGCCCUCCUGGCCCUCUCCUCUGCUGCUCUGCCCCCAUCAAUGGAACCCAUGUCUGCUCCCAGGAUCUUCUUGUCAUUCAAAGAACUUAAGUCCACUGGCACAGCUCACCACUUCUCCUUCCUGCUCAACUCAACGGACUAUCGGAUACUGCGCAUGGACGAGGACCACGACCGCAUGUAUGUGGGCAGCAAAGACUACAUCCUGUCUCUGGACCUGCACGACAUCAACAAGGAGCCGCUCAUAAUCCAUUGGCCUGUGGCUCAGCAGAGGAGGAUGGAGUGUGUGUUGUCAGGAAAAGACACCAAUGGAGAAUGUGGAAACUUCAUCCGUCUGAUCGAGCCGUGGAACCGCACUCAUCUGUACGUGUGCGGCACCGGAGCCUACAACCCCAUCUGCACCUACGUGGACCGCGGGCGCAGGUCUCAGGGUUCCCAGUUCCUACAGCCGCUGCAGUCUGGAGGAAGGACCAGUCGAGCAGCAGACCUCGGCACCACAGCAGAGCCCAUGGAGGCCAAGGAGUACAUAUUCAGACUGGAACCCGGAAAAGUGGAUUCGGGUAAAGGAAAAUGUCCGUACGACCCGAAGCUCAACAGUGUCUCAGCUUUGAUCAAUGGGGAGCUGUACGCCGGCGUCUACAUCGAUUUCAUGGGAACAGACUCGGCCAUCUUCCGCACACUGGGCAGGAAGACAGCCAUGAGGACCGAUCAGUACAAUUCCAGAUGGCUCAACGAUCCAACCUUUGUCCACGCACACCUCAUCCCCGACAGCGGAGAGAAGAACGACGACAAGCUGUACUUUUUCUUCAGAGAGAAGGCCACAGAGACGGGCCAGAGUCCAAUGACCCAGUCGAGGAUCGGCCGGAUCUGCCUGAACGACGAUGGCGGACACUGCUGCCUCGUGAACAAGUGGAGCACCUUCCUCAAAGCUCGUCUGAUCUGCUCUGUGCCCGGAGCUGACGGCAUCGAGACCCACUUCGACGAACUGAGGGACGUCUACAUCCAACCAACCCAGGACACGAGGAACCCAGUCAUCUACGGCGUCUUCUCUGUCUCUGGGGCUGUGUUCAAAGGAUCCGCAGUCUGUGUCUACUCCAUGGCUGACAUCAGGAUGGUUUUCAACGGACCCUUCGCACACAAAGAGGGACCCAACUACCAGUGGGUGGCUUACAGUGGGAAGAUCCCGUACCCUCGCCCAGGAACUUGUCCUGGAGGCACCUUCACCCCCAACAUGAAAUCCACAAAGGAUUAUCCAGAUGAGGUGAUCAACUUCAUGAGGAACCACCCCACUAUGCACAACAUGGUUUACCCAGUGCACAAGCGCCCUCUGGUGGUCAGGACUAACGUGGACUAUGAGUUCACCACCAUCGCUGUGGACCAGGUCACAGCUGCAGACGGAAACUAUGAGGUGCUCUUCUUGGGAACAGACCGUGGAUCAGUCCAAAAAGUGAUAGUUCUUCCCAGAGACGAUCUUCUGACCGAGGAGCUGGUGCUGGAGGAGGUGGAAGUCUUCAAGGUCCCUACUCCUAUUACCACAAUGAAGAUAUCCUCCAAAAGACAACAGCUGUACGUGAGCUCGGUGCAGGGCGUGACUCACCUGGCGCUGCAUCGCUGUGACGUGUACGGCGAGGCCUGCGCUGACUGCUGUUUGGCCCGAGACCCGUACUGUGCCUGGGACGGCAAAUCCUGCUCACGCUACUCCGCCUCCCAGAAGAGACGGAGUCGGCGACAAGACGUGAAGUACGGCAACCCCAUCCGCCAGUGCAGAGGCUACAACUCCAACGCCAAUAAGAACACGCUGGAGUCGGUGCAGUACGGCGUGGAGGGCAGCACCACGUUCCUGGAGUGUCAGGCGCGCUCCCCUCACAUGUCCCUGAAGUGGCAUCUGCAGAAAGAGAACAGCGACCGCAAGAGAGAGAUCCGCUCCGAGGGCCGCACCCUGAAGACGGAGCAUGGGCUGUUGAUCCGCUCCCUGCAGGCAUCCGACAGCGGCAUCUACCAGUGCACGUCCACCGAGAAGAACUUCAAGCACACGCUGGUCAAGCUGCAGCUGGUGGUCAUGUCCGGACGCACCGUCAACAACGUGCUGGUGGAGACCGGCAGUCCCGCGUUGCCCCCCCUCCAGUCCAGCGCGUGGACUCCCAGCGCGGGUCAGUACAAAGACCUGCUCACCAUCCUUAGCCAGCCCGAGAUGGGACUCAUCAACCAGUACUGUCAGGACUACUGGCAGCUCGGAGACAGCGGACUCAGCGAAAGUCCCGUCAUCAAAGCGAAAGGAUUGAAGGAGUUUAAAGAACAGAGAAAACCACGUAAUCGCCGGCACCACGACGGGGAGACGACCGCGGCUCCGUUAACAUGA